AUGGCUGGUUCCAUUCAAGUGGCUAUUCCUCACGCAAUGCAAUACGAUAUAUCAUAUGAAGACGGCAAUGUGGUCCUGGUCGCGGGCAGCGCCUCAUUCUGUGUUCAUCGAAGCGUGCUAUCGCAGCAUUCGCCUGUUUUCAGAGACCUCUUCACGGUUCCGCAACCGCCCAAUGUGAUUCUGCAAGAAAAGUGCCCCGUCGUGCAUUUGCCAGACGAUCCCACCCACGUUCGCUACUUGUUGCGUGCUUUGUACGAUAGAUCCUUCUUUAAUGAUAUGCAUUGGCUGCCCAAUUUCGCCGAAGCGGCUGCCGGCAUCCUCGUUUUGGCUCACAAAUACGACAUUAGGCACCUCUACGACGAGGCAAUCCACAGAGUUUAUACAGCGUAUCCGCGCACAUUUGCGGAUAUGAACGCGAUGCGCUGCUUCCACCUAGAACACUUUAAUGCAGACGACCACGCCGGGCUUAUCUUCCUCAUCAACGUUGCACAACGUCUGCCGACGUCCGAACUCGCAGGCUUUCUACCUCUGGCUUUCUAUAUCUGCUGUCAAGUCAACCCCGGUGUCCUUGUAAAUGGAGUGUAUCGCUCGGAUGGCACCCGGGAAAAGCUGUCUCAUGACGAUCUCCAGCGGUGUAUCUCGGGAAAGGAAGGACUGAUGGGCGCCAACACGGUCGGAACACUCUGUCUUCGCCCUAGGAAGGAGAACGUGAGCCAUCUCUGUACUACCAAUGACGCGUGCCACAGCGCGUUGGUGGGGAUGGUGGACGACGCACUCGAGGGCGACAUCUUCGCCUCCUGCGAUGCGCUUACCAACAUCGACGGCUGGAUCGAAGAGAGGGCCCUCGCCCAGAAGCUAUGCGCAUUUUGUACGGAACAUUUGAAGAGACGCCAUGAGGUAGAGCGACAGGUUGUCUGGGAUGAUCUGGCGGACUGCUUUGGGCUCACAUUUAAAACGAAUUAA